UCCAAUAUUUAUUUUUGUAGAAACUUUUUAAAACUUUUAUUUUACCAAAAUGUUCCAAUUACGAAUAUGCCGUAAUAUCUCACGAAAGUACUUAUUUGGCCCUCUACGUCCCUUAAACAAUAAACCCGCUGACAGUAUUCUAUUUUCAAGUCAAAGUUUUUCAAACGAUUACGGUGGUAAAGUAAUGUUUAAAGGAACCCCUAAAGAUAAAUUACACUGGAAAGCCUCAAAAUUUUCAAAUGCCACUCCGAGUGCGGCAUUUUCAGAUCCAGAACCGAUCGAAUCUGAGAAAGAAUUUUUGGUGCAAGCUAAACUUGACCCCGAUCAUUUUGGACCUCCAGAGAUGAAAGAAAUAGACACUUUUAUAGAUGAAGGAGACAUACUUGAGGAAAAACAUAUAUCUGAAAAACCUCCGGGUCAUAAACGCCUCACGACUAAACAAUAUGCUGACAUCAUAAAAGGCCUAAUUAAACAGCGCAAGAUAAAGGAAGCAAUAGAUAUACUUGAAGAAAGAAUGCUAAAGGAAGACAGAGUGAAACCAGAAAAUUACAUUUAUAAUUUACUUUUGGGGGCAUGUGGCAGAGUUGGAUAUACCAAAAAAGCCUUUAUGCUAUAUAAUGACAUGAAAAAGAGGGGGUUAAAAGUAAUGGGAGGUACCUACACUGCAUUAUUCAAUGCUUGUGCCAACAGCCCUUGGCCUACAACAGAUGGUCUCUCAAGAGCAAAACACUUAUACAAUAUUAUGAUCGAGAAGGGAGAUGAACCUAAUGAUACCACUUACAAUGCAAUGAUCAAAGCUUUUGGAAGAUGUGGAGAUCUACCAAUGGCAUUUUCUCUUGUGGACGCAAAGGCACACAAAGGUUUUCCAAUUAAAGAUGAUACAAUUAACUUCUUAUUGCAAGCCUGUAUAAGUGAUACUGAGAGUGGCUUUAGGCAUUCUUUGUUAGUUUGGAGGAAACUUGUUGAGAAGAAUAUUAAGCCAAGUAUUUACACUUUCAAUUUGCUUUUAAGGUGUGUAAGGGACUGUGGCUUGGGAGAUUUAGAAACAACAAAUGAUGUAAUUAAAAGAUUAGUUGACAAAAAUGAUGAACAGUCUAAACCCUUACAAAUUCAGGCAAAGGAUAAUAAUACUGGAUCAACUGGAAAUAAUUUUGAUAGCAGCAGUUCUAUUAUUGAUAAAGAGGACAGCUUGGAAAAAAGCGACUAUAAGGGACCAGAAGUAAAAAAUGUUCUGCAAUGUAAUCCUUUAUUAAGAGAUGUUAGACCAAAUCUGUUAUCACAAAAACCACAUUUAGGUAGUACUUUAAUCAUUUCUGAAAUAAAUAAACCGGAAGACAGAUUACUUUUAAUUGGUGGUUGCAAGGGUUUCUUAGCAACAAUGGAAGAGUACCAAUGCAUCCCAGAUAUCAAAACCUUUACACAACUUUUGGAUUGUAUACCCAGCACUCAAGCAGCAGAAAAAGAACUAAUUUCUGCAAUAAGAAGGUUGAAAGUGAAUCCGGACGUUGAUUUUUACAAUAUGCUUAUCAAAAAAAUGAGUAUGAGAUUUGAAUAUGAUGAAGCCAAAAAGGUGUUAAUAUCACUAAAGCAGCAGAAGAUGAGACCAAAUUUAGUCACUUUCGGUGUAUUGGCCUUGGGGUGUAAAACUAGAGAUGAGGCUAAUGAAUUGCUCAAUGAGAUGAAGAGUUGUGGAUACACCUUAAAUGCAGCCAUUCUAGGUACCAUGCUUCACCAAGCUUGCUACCAUAUGGCUUUCGAUUAUAUUUUCGAAAUAAUGGAGAUGUGCUUAAGGGAAUCUGUACCAGUUACCAAAAAGUUCCUAGAACAUUUAGAUGGUUUCAAAGAACAGUGCAGAGCUAAGUUAGAUGCAAAGAGUCUUAACAAGAAAGAAGUGAAACUGUUUGGGAUAUUUAAAGCGCGUCACAAGACAUGGCUUACAGAGGUCCAAAUUGACGAAACAGAGGAGGCCCAUCCUUGGCAGCAAUACAGGCAAACGUAUCCGGGAGACGUGCAUAUCAAACCCAAAGAUACCGCAAGAUUUAAGCCUAGACGCCAGUCACUGUUUAGAGUUAAAACGUCUAGGAAGCACAAAAAUCGAAAAUGAAUAAGAAUGUUUACAGGAGCCAUAUUAGAGUAUGAUAAAUAUUAAAUUGUUUGAGACUAUUUUGUUGGUCAUCUGUGAUAUUUUAUUUCAAUGGAAUAAAAGUUCAAAAACA